AUGAAUUCUAAUUUUUGCCUGUUGAUCAUCCUACUUAGGAAUCUGGUGGCAAACAAUUUUGUGGCCGAUAGUUCCAGCAACAGUGUCUUACCUGCGGGGUGGGGGUGCCUUCAGCGUAAUACACCAUGUUUUCUUGAUUCUCGAAAUUCUUCUUCCUUUGCUGUGGACUCUGGAAAAUCCAUAGUAGGCCCAGAUAAUUCUGUGUAUGAACCUGAUCGUGCCAGUCUUGGAGCUGCGUCAUCAUAUGUUACAGGAGCACCAACAUGGGGUGUUAGCAACGUUGGAAAGUUCAUGGAGGCAAAUAAUGGAAGUUAUAUAAUCCACAGUCCUGGCCAGUUUCUCAAUACACUUGAACCAGAACUGUUCCAGAAUGCAAGGAUAUCGCCGUCAUCCUUAAGAUACUAUGGUAUUGGACUAGAAAAUGGAAACUAUACAGUCACACUUCUGUUUGCAGAGUUUGACUUCCCAGACACCCAGUCUUGGAAGAGCAGAGGUAGAAGGGUUUUUGAUAUAUAUGUCCAGGGUGAACGUAAGGAGCAGAACUUUGACAUAAGGAAGGCCGCAGGUGGGAAAUCUUUCACAGCUGUUAGGAAGCAGUAUACUGUUCCUGUCACGAAGAACUUUCUAGAAAUUCAUCUCUUCUGGGCUGGCAAGGGCACUUGCUGCAUUCCUACUCAAGGCUACUACGGGCCUGCGAUCUCAGCUUUGAGUGCAACACCAAGUAUAUCCCUUGCCUUGAAAUAA